AAAAUGUAUGGGAGACGUACUUUGUUUCUAGACACGAUAUAUUUCCACCAUGAGAUACCAGGUUUAUUUGGGCCUUAUUGCAGUGUUGUUCAAAGCAGCCUCUUCUGCCCCUCAAGAAUAUCAAGCCCUAGGAGUCCUACAGCCAGAGGCUGGUGACGUAGGCCCAUACGACAGGAUGAUCUCCGCCACCAUCGACGUUCUUCCCGAGAUGGCCGACGUCUUCGAGGAGAUCGCCGACGACCCGAGACACCCCAACGAUCCUCAGAGAAUCCAGAAAGUCAUAAACGUGUUCAUGCCCUUAACUCGGCGUCUCAUUCUGGCUAACGCCGAGGUCGAAGGCCGCCAGUGGGCCAAGGAAGAUCAGUACAGAUUCAACGCUGCCGGUGCCGUCUUGCCGUCCGUGUUCAGCUUCAUGGACAGGCUAAGAAACAAGGAUUUCUUUGGAUCAGGGACCAGAAAUGUCGUCUAAAGUUCUGAUCAUUCGCGUGUACUUGUCCUAAUUUUCUAAUGUCCACCAAGAACGUCUAGCACAAUGUUUCUAAGGAUCAAGCAAGAUCAAACGAUGAUCUGUUUGUUCAUGGUGGCAGUAAUAAGAAAGUACAGCAUUUGCAAGCACUCACGAAUAUGGAUUAUAGAAAGGAAAAAAUAUACGAAUAGAUAAGGAUACUGUCAAUAGUCAAAAUGCUUUUAUCAGUGAAUUAUUAUUAUGGAGAAAAUCCCUUCCAAAUAGGUUAUUUCAAAUUAAAGAUUUCUUAUUACUGCAGCCAACCCUUAAUAAAUGUCAGAUUCCGAAACGAUUUCGAAUAACAAUAUUUAUUGCAUCUCCUAUUGUACUUCUAGUAUUUUCCGUUCCAUACUCAAAAUCUCGCUCGAAUUGACAAUAGUGAAGAAAAUAUUUAAUUAUUUAUAAAAAUGUUUGUCUUAACAAAUAAAUUUGUCAGCUAAAACCAAC